AGGGGACAUCAUUCAUCAUUCUAGAUCAAUUUAUGCGUGAUAUUACAGCGAUACCCGACAAUCGCUGUCCGAUUCAGAGGUAGCGCCGCAACGUGUAACGGGCUGCCCGACGCGCCAUCUUUUAUGACAAAUGCAGGUUAUGCUUUUCAAAUCCCUUACUAAUCCUCCCAUGCAGCCGCUUUAUCAUAUCAAGUCCGUCCGACAUCCUCAAUCGUCUUUGCUCGAAUCCUAUAUAGGUCGAGUCGAUUCUGCUGUCGUUCCUCGUAACCCCAGACCAACGCCACAGAAACUAGUAAUACCUAUCACACAGCAUGAGUCAGUGGCCAUCUCUUCUAGCAGGUUAUGAAGGUGCAGAACCUCUUCCAACCACUACCAAUCCUGACGGGAAAUCCCUGUACAACCCACCUGGUCCUCGCUCGGCCGCCUACGAGGAAUUCCCAAAACAAUUUGAACCGUCUAAGAAUGGUUUUGACUUCCACAUAUAUUACAUACCCACCGUAGCUGCUCAGGUGCAGUAUGUGAAAGAACUACACGAACGUGUAAGGAGGGAGUUUCCAGAAUUGCGUAUCUAUAAGAUCUGGGAUAAACCAAUCGGUCCCCACCCUACCGCCAUGUUCGAGGUAAAUACAUUCAGCCCCCACCAGACCGGAGCAUUCUUUUCCUGGCUUGUGGUCAAUCGGGGGCCUUGCGACGUUCUCGUCCACCCAAAUACUGGCGAUUCACUCAGAGACCACGUGGAGUUGGCGACAUGGAUUGGAAGGGGAUGGCCAAUAAAUGAUGAAUUUCUGAAACGUCACCAAUAGAAGAAAUACUUAGAUUCGGAGUGUCCUCUUGUGCGAAAUGUGUAUCCUCUUGUGUUGUUUUAGGUUAAGGCACUUUUUAUUCAUGCAUACCUUGACAUAUAUCUUGGCUUGCUGUGAACUCUGG